AUGAAGUUCCUCUCCGCCGCGACGCUGCUGGCCGCGGCCACCCAGCUCGCAUCUGCGCGCUACAUCAUGUACGCCGACGAGUGGCACUUGUCGGACCUGGGCAACCGGACCACCAACGCCGGUAUCGACACGGCCAUCAUGGCCUUCGUGUCGACCAACGACUUCCUCACCGAGGAGGGCGGCACCUUUGAGCUGUUCGAGCCCGUCGAGACCUUCCGUGCCCGUUUCGACCCCGGCGUCAAGGUCCUGGCUGCCAUCGGCGGCUGGAACGAUGUCAACUACACCUUGACCAUGAAGGACGAGGCCGCUCGCACCCGCUUCGCCAACAACUGCAAGAAGCUGAUCGAGAAGUACAACCUGGACGGCAUCGACAUCGACUACGAGUACGUCGGCGGCAACGGUGCUGACUACAAGACUGUGCCCAACACGGAGAAGGUCUGGGAGAUCGACGCCUUCCCGCUGCUGCUCGAGGCCACCCGCAAGGCCAUCGGCCAGGACAAGCUUCUGUCGAUCGCCGUCCCCGGUCUUGAGCGCGACAUGAUGGCCUUCACGGCCGACACCAUGCCCAAGAUCGUGCCCCUGGUCGACUGGUUCGGCAUCAUGACCUACGACUUCAUGAACCGCCGCGACAACUUCACCAAGCACCACACCGACCUGGUCGGCUCGCGCGCCUCGAUCCAGCGCUACCUCGACCUCGGCCUGCCCGCCUCCAAGGCCACCCUCGGCUUCGCCUUCUACGCCAAGUACUUCACCAUCGACCCCAAGUCCAACUGCGCCCAGGAGCCCCUCGGCGAGAGCUGCAAGACCGUCGCCCUCGAGCUCGCCGACGGCUCCGACAACGGCCUCUCCGGCGCCCUGACCUUCGAGCCUUCCAGCAAGCCCACCACCGCCCCGACCAACCUGACCGAGAGCCCCGACGGAACCUGCGGCGGCACCACCGGCUACAAGUGCAGCGCCGGCAACUGCUGCAGCUCUGGCGGCUGGUGCGGCAACAGCGAGGCUCACUGCGGUCUCUCCUGCCAGGCGGGCUGGGGCCAGUGCAACGGCCUGACGGCCAUCCAGUCGUGGCAGAACGCCCUCGCCAAGCCCGUCGUCGACGAGGCCAACGGCGGCCACUACUUCCUCGACCGCAACGCCUCGCUCUUCUGGACCUGGGACGAGCCCGUGCACAUCGAGCGCAAGUUCGACGAGAUCGUCGACGUGCUCGGCGUCGCCAACGUCAUGGCCUGGUCGCUCGCCGAGGACAGCCUCGACUGGCGCCACCUCUUCGCCAUCCAGGACGGCGUCAAGCAGCACUGCCUGUCCGAGAUCGAGGGCUUCAACGACGCCGCCUGCGCCGCCAAGGAGAACACCACCACCACCUGGACCACCAUCUCCAAGGAGGCCCUUUCCCGCGCCGUCGAGUCCUACAAGGGCGGCGCUUACUACCGCAACACCCCCCACUUCUACGCCGCUCCCGUCCAGCCUCGUGGCCUCCCUGCUAGCUUCGCCGAGGUCAACGCCCACGGCCACAGCAUCUGA